CCGGGAAAUCUUGUGAUGAUAUUGAUCCAGAAGCAUGCGCUAGUAUGGCCAAACAAAAUCUAAACUUGUGUUCGGAGCCUGUACUAUCACAGUCAGCUUGUCCAAAGUUUUGUGGCAAAUGUCCAACGACCUGCUACAACUGCAACAUAACUAGUCCCGACGUGAGCUCGUGUAAUACAGUCACGUGUGACAAGAACACGAUGUGUUUGGUAGAAAUGAGGAAAAUAACAAAAACUGGACAAGUUAAAUACAGUCUCGGGUGUGCAACAAAACAUUUUUGUGAUAAUGGUGUGAAAAGGGAGUUAGAUUCAAGAUCUCUGACCAUUGACUGUUGUGAUAAAGAUUUGUGUAACGUUCCUUUAGCCACGACUUUAGCAUCGACAAAACAAACAACCACUGCAACACCGACUCCAGCAUCGACUGCCACAACAACAAUAACUCAAACAACAACUGAGACAACUGUUGUGACAAAAGCUCUGAACGUUUGUCAUAAUAUUUCUUGUGUACAUGGCACCUGCAAACAGUUCGGAACAGUCUUCUAUUGUGUUUGCCAACAAGAAUGGACCGGUAGAACUUGCAAUUCACCCAACUAUUGUGUUUCACGUCCUUGUCAACAUGGAUAUUGUACGAACAAUUUGCUGUCGUAUAAAUGUAUUUGUUCAACAGGAUAUAUGGGGAAUCACUGUGAUAAAGUAAUUGAUUAUUGUGCUUCAAAUCCCUGUGUGCAUGGACACUGCACGAAUAACUUGACGACUUUUAAGUGUAGUUGUUCGUAUGGAUAUGAGGGAACUCGCUGUGAAAAAAUUUGCAGCCGCGACCUUCUUGUCAUGAUCGACCUAUCGCUUUUAAAUUAUCUAUCGACUGUGCACUUCCUGCAAAACUUAGUCAAUAAAAUGCAGAUAGGAUCUAACGGUGUGCUGAUGGAGGUGGCGAGCUUUGCAGAUUCUAGUGUGCACAAUAGAUGGAGACUUAUAUCGUACACCUCUAAAAGCCGUCUUAUAUCCGAAAUCAGGAACCAGCUGUACCAUUCGGUUAAGCUUCCACCUCCGGACAUAUAUGCACCAGUUCAUAGUCUAAACAUGCAAGGAACCAGUAGAAUUGGUGAUCGUGCUAACGUCCCGGAUGUAGCUUUGAUAAUUACUGGUCCUUUCAGACAUACCUACUAUAACGUCAAAUAUGAAGCGGAAAAAACAAAUAUUAAUAUACCUAUAACUACCAUUGGAGUUGGCAAUGUCAAUACACAGAUGCUUGGAUCUAUCGCCAAAAACAGUGCCCAUGCUUUGACUGUCGGAAGGGUAGACGACCUAGUUGACAAUGCAUUUGUUGACAAAGUUUUGAACCUUCUCUGCUCGUAAAACAUAUAAGUUC